AGGCCUUCGAUCGCGUUUGCAGGCUGGGCUCGCGCUUCUCUACGGUUUACCUGAUGAAAAUGGUCGCAGCCUUGCGAGAUUCGCCGCCGAGCAGAUCACACUCAGAGGAUGGCAGAAGUAAGUGCGAAACUGUGGAGGCUUGGAUGGUGGAGAAGCAACGAGAGAAGAAGGCUGCUAUCCAAAAAGGAAUGGGCGAGAAGAUGACUGCGGCUGCGGGUCAGAACAAGCUGAAUGUUGCCGAUUUUUUGGCCUCGUCUUGCUCUCUAAAGCGUCCCGAGAACUCGACGGAGAGCACCAAUACCAAGCGCAGGCGCGUCGGAGGAUGAAGGUGACCCACUGCGGGCUUCGCAAUUAAUGAUCAGCUUCAUCGCGUCACUCGUCAGCGCUAACGAGCUGAUAUUAGUACCUACUUGGCCGUAGUUUUUUCAUUUGCUGUAGCGUCGAUGUAUUCGCUUAUCGGAGAUCCUACUUCGUUUUUUAUUCCUGAAAGACGAAUCAUCCGCAUCGUUCCUCCGCAUCCCCAGCCCCAUCCACCGCAU